GGGUGAGACAGCCACCACAGGGGACAGGGACACUCACUGUGCCCUGCAGCUUCUUAGUCCUCCAGGGAGCCAGGACAGCGAGCAACAGGGACAGAGCACUGAGCACUGUCGGUGGUGGCAGCGCGCGCGGCAGGACAGGACCAUGCUCCUAGUCUGCCCGCGCUUCUUCCUCCUGGUGGUUCUGGGCACCCGCUGGGCGGGCUGGGGCAGCCACCAGGCAGAGGCCGCGCGGCUAAGGCAGUUCUAUGUGGCAGCUCAGGGGAUUCUCUGGAACUAUCAUCCUGAGCCCACAGAUCCAAGUUUGAAUUCUAUACCUUCCUUCAAGAAAAUUGUCUACAGAGAGUAUGAGCAGUAUUUUAAGAAAGAAAAACCACGAUCUAACAACUCAGGACUUCUUGGACCUACUUUAUACGCUGAAGUUGGCGACAUCAUUAAAGUUCACUUUAGAAACAAAGCAGACAAACCACUAAGCAUCCAUCCUCAAGGGAUUAAAUACAGUAAAUUUUCAGAAGGGGCUUCUUACCCAGACCACACAUUCCCUGCUGAGAAGAAGGAUGAUGCCGUGGCUCCUGGAGAAGAAUACACCUAUGAAUGGAUCGUCAGUGAGGACAGCGGGCCCACACCUGAUGACCCACCAUGCCUCACCCACAUCUACUAUUCCUAUGAAAACCUGACCCAGGAUUUCAACUCGGGUCUGAUUGGGCCUCUGCUUAUUUGCAAGAAAGGCACCCUGACUGAGGAUGGGACUCAGAAGAUGUUUGACAAGCAACACGUGCUUCUAUUUGCUGUGUUUGAUGAAAGCAAGAGCUGGAGCCAGUCACCAUCCCUAAUGUACACAAUUAAUGGCUUUGUGAAUAGGACGAUGCCAGAUAUAACAGUCUGUGCCCAUGAUCACGUCAGCUGGCAUCUGAUCGGGAUGAGCUCGGGGCCAGAAUUGUUUUCUAUUCACUUCAACGGCCAAGUCCUAGAGCAGAACCAGCAUAAAGUGUCCACCGUCACCCUGGUCAGCGCGACAUCUACGACUGCAAACAUGACUAUGAGCCCAGAAGGAAGGUGGAUUGUUUCUUCUCUCAUCCCAAAGCAUUAUCAAGCUGGCAUGCAGGCUUACAUUGACAUUAAAAACUGCCCAAAGAAAACGAGGAGCCCCAAGACCCUCACUCGGGAGCAGAGGCGGUACAUGAAGAGAUGGGAGUACUUCAUCGCCGCAGAGGAGGUCAUUUGGAAUUAUGCACCCGUGAUACCUGCGACUAUGGACAAAAUUUACAGGUCUCAGCACUUGGAUAAUUUCUCAAACCAAAUUGGAAAACAUUACAAGAAAGUUAUCUACAGGCAAUAUGAAGAAGAGACCUUCACCAAACGCAGCGACAACCUCAGCAAACAAAGUGGGAUUCUGGGCCCUGUUAUAAGAGCCCAGGUCAGAGACACACUCAAGAUCGUGUUCAAAAAUAUGGCGAGCCGACCCUACAGCAUUUACCCUCACGGGGUGACCUUCUCUCCUUACGAAGAUGGAGUCAAUUCUUCCUCCACCUCAGGCAGUCACACAACGAUCAGACCAGUUCAACCUGGGGAAACCUUCACUUACAAAUGGAACAUUCUAGAAUUUGAUGAACCCACGGAAAACGAUGCCCAGUGCCUAACAAGGCCAUACUACAGUGAUGUGGACGUUACAAGGGACAUUGCCUCUGGGCUGAUAGGGCUGCUUCUAAUUUGUAAGAGCAGGUCCCUGGACCAGAGGGGUGUACAGAGGGUGGCGGACAUCGAGCAGCAGGUCGUGUUCGCAGUAUUUGACGAGAACAAGAGCUGGUACAUUGAGGACAACAUCAACAAGUUCUGUGAGAAUCCUGAUGAGGUGAAGCGUGAUGAUCCCAAGUUUUACGAAUCAAACAUCAUGAGCACUAUCAACGGCUACGUGCCUGAGAGCAUUUCCACUCUGGGAUUCUGUUUUGAUGACACUGUCCAGUGGCACUUCUGCAGUGUGGGAACUCAUGAUGAUAUCUUGACCAUCCACUUCACUGGGCACUCAUUCAUCUAUGGGAGGAGGCACGAGGACACCUUGACCCUGUUCCCCAUGCGUGGUGAAUCUGUGACAGUCACAAUGGAUAAUGUUGGAACUUGGAUGUUGACCACCAUGAAUUCCAAUCCAAAACGCAGAAACCUAAGACUGAGAUUCAGAGAUGUUAAGUGUAACCGGGAUUAUGACAAUGACGACUCAUAUGAGAUUUAUGAACCUCCUACACCUACAUCCAUGACAACUCGGAGAAUUCAUGAUUCCUUAGAAAAUGAAUUUGGCAUAGACAACGAAGAUUAUGAUUACCAGUACUUACUGGCGUCAUCAUUAGGAAUUAGGUCAUUCAAAAACUCAUCAUUGAAUCCAGAGGAAAAUGAGUUCAAUCUCACUGCUCUCGCUCUGGAGAACAGCUCUGAGUUCAUAUCUCCAAGCACAGACAGAAUUUUUGACUCAAACUCUUCAAGAAGCCUUAGUAAAAUCAUCAAUAAUAACCUCAAAGACUUUCAAAGAACACUUCCUGGCUUAGGAGCCACCGUGGCUGGUACCCUCCUUAGAAACCUCAUUGGCUUAGAUGAGAACUUCAUCCUCAACUCUUCUACAGAGCAUCGUUCCAGCUCAUAUCAUGAAAAUGAUAUGAAAAAUCCACAGUCAAACAUCACAGUGGUAUACCUACUUCCUCUUGGUCCAAAAGGAUCUGGGAAUCGAGAACAAGAUAAACCUAAAACCAUCAAGACAGGAAGACCCCACAUGAUGAAGCACAGGUUCUCCUGGAUGAAAGCACCAGCUGGUAAAACUGGGAGGCAUUCAAACCCAAAGAAUACUUAUUCCGGAAUGAAGUCUGAGGAGGACAUUCCUAGCGAGUUGAUACCCUUAAAGCAAAAGAUCUCAUCCAAAUUUCUGAAUAGACGAUGGCGUGUGGCUUCUGAAAAGGGUAGUUAUGAAAUAAUAGCACCAAAUGGUGAAGACACCGAUGUAAAUAAGCUGACAAACAGUCCUCAAAAUCAGAAUAUCACAGUGCCUUGGGGAGAGAGCACCUCUCACACAAACACAACAAGAAAGCCAAGUGACCUCCCAACAUUUUCUAAAGUUAGACAUAAAUCUCCACAUGUAAGACAGGAGGAAGAAAACAGUGGUUUUCAGAAAAGACAGUUAUUCAUCAGGACACGGAAGAAGAAGAAAAAUAAGAAGCUUGCACUACACAGUCCUCUAUCUCCAAGGGGCUUUGACCCUUUGAGAGGAGAUAACCAUCACCCAUUUUCAGACAGGAGACUACUUAAUCACUCACUGUUACUCCACAAGUUCAAUGAAACAGCUCUUUCUCCAGACCUGAACCAGACCUCCCCUUCAAUGAGUACGGACAGGUCACUUCCUGACUAUAAUCAGUACUCAUCAAAUGACACGGAGCAGAUGAGCUCUUCUUUAGAUCUUUAUCAGUCAGUGCCCCCAGAGGAACACUCUCCAACAUUUCCUGCCCAAGAUCCUGAUCAAACACACUCUACCACAGAUCCUAGCUACAGAUCCUCUCCGCCAGAGCUCAGUCAGGGGCUUGAUUAUGACCUAAGUCAUGACUUUUACCCUGAUGACAUUGGUCAAACAUCUUUCUUUCCAGACCAAAGUCAGAAGUCAUCUUUCUCUUCAGAUGAUGACCAAGCAAUCCCUUCCUCAGACUUAAGCCUCUUUACCAUCUCUCCAGAAUUGGAUCAGACAAUUAUUUACCCAGACCUGGAUCAGUUGCUCCUUUCUCCAGAUGACAAUCAGAAGACCUCCUCCCCAGACCUGGGUCAGGUGCCCCUUUCUCCAGAUGACAACCAGAAGACUUCCCCAGAACUUGCUCAGGUGCCCCUUUCUCCAGAUGACAACCAGAAGAUGACCUCCCCAGACCUGGGUCAGGUGCCCCUUUCUCCAGAUGACAACCAGAAGACCUCCUCCCCAGACCUGGGUCAGGUGCCCCUUUCUCCAGAAGACAACCAAAAGACCUCCCCAGACCUGGGUCAGAUGCCCCUUUCUCCAGAUGAUAACCAGAAGACCUCCUCCCCAGACCUGGGUCAGAUGCCCCUUUCUCCAGAUGAUAACCAGAAGACCUCCUCCCCAGACCUGGGUCAGAUGCCCCUUUCUCCUGAUAACCAGAAGACCUCUUCCCCAAAUCUGGGUCAAGUGCCUCUUUUUCCUGAAGACAACCAGAAUUACUUCCUAGACCUGAGUCAGGUACCUCUCUCCUCAGACCAAAACCAGGAGACCUCCUCCACAGACCUACUGACUCUCUCUCCUGAUUUUGGUCAGACAGUCCUUUCCCCAGACUUGGAUCAGCUGCCGCUCUCUUCAGACAAUAGUCAGGUGACCCUUUCCCCCGACCUCAGUCUCUUGACCCUCUCACCAGAUUUUAAUGAGAUAAUCCUAUCCCCAGACCUUGGUCAAGUGACCCUUUCUCCAGACCUCAUCCAGACAAACCCUGCUCUUAAUCACGGGCACAAAGCAUCCUCUGCAGACCCUGAUCAAGCAUCCUACCCUCCAGAUUCUGGUCAGGCUUCAUCGCUUCCAGAACUGAAUCAGACUCUUCCUCAUCCAGAUCUCACUCACAUACCACCUCCUUUACCAUCUCCCACACUCACUAACACUUCUUUGUCAAGGAAAUUUAACCCUCUUGUUGUAGUAGGUCUCAGUAGAGUGGAUGGAGAAGACGUGGAGAUGGUUCCAAGUGAGGAGCUAGAGAGAAUAGAUGAAGAUUAUGCCGAGGACGACUUUGUAACCUAUAAUGACCCCUACAGAACAGACACUAGGACAGAUGUCAAUUCCUCCAGAAAUCCUGACACUAUUGCAGCAUGGUACCUCCGCGGCCAUGGUGGAAACAAAAAAUUCUACUAUAUUGCAGCUGAAGAAAUAUCCUGGGAUUACGCAGAGUUUGCACAAAGUGAAAUGGAUCAUGAAGACACAGGCCACACUCCAAAGGACACCACAUACAAGAAAGUCGUUUUCAGAAAAUACCUUGAUAGCACGUUCACAAGUCGUGAUCCUCGGGCAGAAUACGAGGAGCACCUCGGCAUUCUCGGUCCUGUGAUCCGGGCUGAAGUGGAUGAUGUGAUCCAAGUUCGAUUUAAAAAUUUGGCAUCCAGACCAUAUUCUCUUCAUGCUCACGGACUUUCCUAUGAAAAAUCCUCAGAGGGGAAGACUUACGAAGAUGAAUCUCCUGAAUGGUUUCAGGAAGAUGAUGCUGUCCAGCCCAAUAGCAGUUACACCUAUGUAUGGCAUGCCACCAAGCGCUCAGGGCCAGAGAACCCUGGUUCUGCCUGCCGGGCUUGGGCCUACUAUUCUGCAGUGAAUGUGGAGAGGGACAUCCACUCAGGUUUGAUCGGCCCAAUUCUGAUCUGCCGGAAAGGAACACUUCACAGGGAGAGCAACCUGCCUAUGGACAUGAGAGAGUUUGUCUUACUCUUCAUGGUCUUUGAUGAGAAGAAGAGCUGGUACUAUGAAAAGUCCAAAGGGUCAUGGAGAAUUGAAUCCCCAGAAGAGAAAAAUUCCCACGAGUUUUACGCAAUUAAUGGGAUGAUCUACAACCUGCCUGGCCUGAGAAUGUACGAGCAAGAGUGGGUGAGGCUACACCUGCUGAACAUGGGCAGCUCCCGAGAUAUUCAUGUGGUUCACUUCCAUGGCCAGACCCUGCUGGAUAAUAGGACCAAACAGCACCAGUUAGGGGUCUGGCCCCUUCUACCUGGUUCAUUUAAAACUCUUGAAAUGAAGGCAUCCAAGCCUGGCUGGUGGCUCCUAGACACAGAGGUUGGAGAAAACCAGGUAGCUGGCAUGCAAACGCCAUUUCUCAUCAUAGACAAAGAGUGUAAGAUGCCAAUGGGACUAAGCACUGGUGUCAUAUCUGAUUCACAGAUCAAGGCUUCGGAAUAUCUGACUUAUUGGGAGCCCAGAUUAGCACGAUUAAACAAUGCUGGUUCAUACAAUGCUUGGAGUAUAGAAAAAUCUGCAUUAGACUUUCCCAUUAAACCUUGGAUCCAGGUGGACAUGCAGAGGGAAGUUGUAGUCACUGGGAUACAAACCCAAGGUGCUAAACACUACCUAAAGUCCUGCUUUACCACGGAGUUCCAAGUGGCUUACAGCUCUGACCAAACCAACUGGCAGAUCUUCAGAGGGAAGAGCGGGAAGAGCGUGAUGUAUUUUACUGGCAAUUCAGAUGGCUCUACAAUAAAAGAGAAUCGACUUGACCCACCGAUUGUGGCUAGAUACAUUAGGAUACACCCAACAAAAUCCUAUAAUAGACCCACCCUUCGGCUGGAGCUGCAGGGCUGUGAGGUGAACGGAUGUUCCACACCACUGGGCCUGGAAGAUGGACGGAUUCAAAACAAGCAAAUUACUGCAUCUUCAUUUAAAAAGUCAUGGUGGGGAGACUACUGGGAGCCUUCCCUUGCCCGCCUGAACGCUCAGGGCCGUGUGAACGCCUGGCAAGCCAAGGCAAACAACAACAAGCAGUGGUUACAAGUCGAUCUGCUCAAAAUCAAGAAGGUAACGGCCAUCAUAACGCAGGGCUGUAAGUCUCUGUCCUCUGAGAUGUACGUGAAGAGCUACAGCAUCCAGUACAGCGACCAGGGUGUGGCAUGGAAACCUUACCGGCAGAAAUCCUCCAUGGUGGACAAGAUUUUUGAAGGAAACAGCAAUACCAAGGGGCACAUGAAGAACUUUUUCAACCCGCCCAUUAUUUCCAGAUUUAUCCGCAUCAUUCCUAAAACAUGGAACCAGAGCAUUGCACUUCGCCUGGAACUCUUCGGCUGUGACAUUUAUUAGAAUUAAAUUCCAAAAAGAAAAAAAAAAAAGGAAAAGAGAGAAUAAAAGCUGAAGAAACUCCUUCAGGCCUAAACCAUUUAGAGCAGGCCAUAUAGCAUGGGUGUUUUACAUGUUAACAAACGUUCUGCUGUUUUUUUUUUCUAGUUGAGAAUAAGCUUUAGAUGAGAAGCUUUUAAUUCUCCUUCAUCGCUGCCACUAAGCGAGAUGGCAGCUAUUAUUUCUUCACUGAUUUGAAUAUAAAUGGGGAAAUAUUAAGACCCGGCAAGAGUAUGACUGCCUUUCACUCUGAUUAAAGACAUCAUAUAAUGUAAUAGUUAUAUAAUGGAAUGAUAUGAUUCACUGUGGCUCUUUGAAAUCCUGUAGACAUUAACAAAAGAGAUAAUACCUUUGGAAACUUUUCAUGGACCUAGAAAGCCUUUAUUUCUAUAUUUUUCUUUUAAAAGCAAACGGUAAUUUGUAAACAAUAGAAACAAAAGUAGUUGAGGUUUUUUUUUUAUCAUAGAGAAAAAUAUAUCUUGUUGUAAUUAAGUGAGAACUUAAAAAUACCCAGUGUUGGGCUGGCUCAGUGGGCAAAAGUGCUUGCUGCCAAAACAAAACAACAGCAACACAACACAAAACAAACCUUAUGGCCUGAGUUCAAGUCCUGGAACCCACAGUGAAAGGAGAGAGCAUAUUCCAGAAAGCUGUCCUCUGGUUUCUGCAUGACCCACGACCAUGUACAAGCACUAACAGUAAAUAAAAGAUUUUUAAAGCUCG